AGUCUGCAGCAUGGCCCCACUGCUGCUGCCCCUGCUGGCAGUCCUGGGCCUGGCCCAGGUCCCCGUGGCCUCAGCUGACGUUCUGGAAGGAGACAGCUCAGAGGACCGCGCCUUCCGUGUGCGCAUCGCCAGCGACGCGCCCCUGCAGGGCGUGCUGGGCGGCGCCCUCACCAUCCCGUGCCACGUCCAGCAUCUGCGGCCUCCGCCGAGCCGCCGGGCUGUGCUGGGCUCUCCGCGGGUCAAGUGGACCUUCCUGUCCGGGGGCCGGGAGGCCGAGGUGCUGGUGGCGCGGGGGGUGCGUGUCAAGGUGAGCGAGGCCUACCGCUUCCGCGUGGCCCUGCCCGCCUACCCCGCCUCUCUCACCGAUGUCUCCCUGGCGCUGAGCGAGCUGCGGCCCAACGACUCCGGCAUCUACCGCUGUGAGGUUCAGCAGGGCAUCGACGACAGCAGUGACGCUGUGGAGGUCAAGGUCAAGGGGGUCGUGUUUCUCUACCGAGAGGGCUCUGCCCGCUACGCAUUCUCCUUUGCCAGGGCCCAGGAGGCCUGUGCCCGCAUUGGAGCCCGCAUCGCCACCCCCGAGCAGCUGUACGCCGCCUACCUGGGGGGCUACGAGCAGUGUGACGCAGGCUGGCUGUCUGACCAAACCGUGAGGUAUCCCAUCCAGACCCCACGAGAGGCCUGUUAUGGGGACAUGGACGGCUUCCCCGGGGUCCGGAACUAUGGCGUGGUGGACCCAGCUGACCUCUACGAUGUCUAUUGUUACGCGGAAGACCUGAAUGGAGAACUAUUCCUAGGGGCUCCUCCAAACAAGCUGACGUUGGAGGAAGCACGGGCAUACUGCCAGGAGCGGGGUGCGGAGAUCGCCACCACGGGCCAGCUGUAUGCAGCGUGGGAUGGUGGCCUGGACCGUUGCAGCCCGGGCUGGCUGGCUGACGGCAGCGUGCGCUACCCCAUUGUCACUCCCAGCCAGCGCUGUGGUGGGGGCCUGCCUGGGGUCAAGACUCUCUUCCUCUUCCCCAACCAGACGGGCUUCCCCAGCAAGCACAGCCGCUUCAACGUCUACUGCUUCCGAGACUCUGGCCAGCCCUCUGCCAUGCCUGAGGCCUCCAACCCAGCCUCCAAUGGACUGGAGGCCAUCAUCACAGUGACAGAGACCCUCGAGGAACUGCAGCUGCCUCAGGAAACCAUGGAGAGCGAGUCACGUGGGGCCAUCUACUCCAUCCCCAUCAUGGAGGACGGAGGAGGCGGCUCCACUCCAGAAGACCCCGUGGAGGCCCCGAGGACCCUCCUAGAACUCGAAACCCAAUCCAUCGUACCGCCCACGCGGUCCUCAGACGAGGAAGGCGGAGCGUUGGAGGAAGAAGAGGAAUACGGGGAUGAAGAAGAGACAGAAGAGGAAGAAGAGGAGGCGGAGGAUGAGGCCCUGUGGGCGUGGCCCAGCGAGCUCAGCAGCCAGGAGGCCUCUCUCCCCACGGAGCCAGCCCAGGAGGAGACACAGUCCCAGGCCUCCCUGCCCACAAGGGCAGUCCCGCAACCUGAGGCAUCCCCAUUUCCUGAUGGAGAGUCAGAAGCUCCCGGGCCUCCACGGGUCCGUGGACCACCUCCUGAGUCUCUGCCCACUCCUGGGGAGGGGAAGCUGGCAUCCCUGCCACCUGCCACUUUGGCUGGGGCAAGAGAGGUGGGGGAGGGAACUGAGGGUCCUGAGCUACCUGGGGUUUCUCAAGGAGAGAGUGAGGAGACAGGGAGCUCCGAGGAUGCCCCCUCCCUGCUUCCAGCCACACGGGCCCCUGAGGGUACCGGGAGGCUGGAGGUCCCCUCCGAAGACAAUUCUGGAAGAACUGCCCCAGCAGGGACCUCAGUGCAGGCCCAGCCAGUGCUGCCCACUGACAGCGCCAGCCGAGGUGGAGUGGCCGUGGCCCCCUCAUCAGGUGACUGUGUCCCCAGCCCCUGCCACAAUGGUGGGACAUGCUUGGAGGAGGAGGAGGGGGUCCGCUGCCUAUGUUUGCCCGGCUAUGGGGGGGACCUUUGCGACGUUGGCCUCCGCUUCUGCAGCCCUGGCUGGGACGCCUUCCAGGGUGCCUGCUACAAGCACUUUUCUACACGAAGGAGCUGGGAGGAGGCAGAGACCCAGUGCAGGAUGUACGGCGCACACCUGGCCAGCAUCAGCACGCCAGAGGAACAGGACUUCAUCAACAAUCUAUACCGGGAGUACCAGUGGAUUGGGCUCAACGACAGGACCAUCGAAGGUGACUUCCUGUGGUCGGAUGGCGUCCCCCUGCUCUUCGAGAACUGGAACCCAGGGCAACCCGACAGCUACUUCCUGUCUGGAGAGAACUGCGUGGUCAUGGUGUGGCAUGAUCAGGGACAGUGGAGUGAUGUGCCCUGCAACUACCACCUGUCCUACACCUGCAAGAUGGGGCUGGUGUCUUGUGGACCCCCGCCGGAGCUGCCCCUGGCUCAAGUGUUCGGCCGCCCACGACUACGCUAUGAGGUGGACACUGUGCUUCGCUACCGGUGCCGGGAGGGACUGGCCCAGCGCAAUCUGCCACUAAUCCGCUGUCGGGAGGAUGGUCGUUGGGAGCCCCCCCAGAUUUCCUGUGUGCCCCGAAGACCUGCCCGAGCUCCGCAUCCAGUGAAGGCCUCAGUAGGACGUCAGGGGAGGCUACCAGGCCACUGGAAGGCACUGUUGACCCCUCCUUCCAGCCCCAGUCCAGGUCCCUAGGGGCAAGGCCUUGGACACUGCUGGCUGCAGCACCGCCCUCUUGUGCCAACCCUCCCUCCACACCCUGUGCUCUUGUCGCCACAGGAAGUGACAAUAUGAGAGGGUGGGGCCGAAGUCCAGGUGACAGUGCCUGAAGGGGCUUCUGGGAAAUACCUGGAAGGCCACAGCCCAGCUCAGGCCCUUUCCCCCUACCCUGGGCAUCAGGUUUUUCCCUCAGGGCAAUGGGUAAGUCCCUAAGUGCCUCAACUUCCCCUCCCUGCCAGCCAUCCUGUCCCUUCCAUUCCUCUGGGGGGCACUGUGCCCACUCAUUCUUGGUUUUCCAAGGUAAUGGGUUUGCAGAAGGGAGUAUCUGUGAAACCAGCAGGAAAUAAAGCUGCAUUUGAGCCCAAG